AUGAAGGACGAAGAUAUUGUGGCUGGAUCAAGAAGUGUUGGUGACGAUUUUGAUGCCUGGUGGGCGAGGGAGCCUUGUGGAUCAGCCAGUUGGCUACACGAGAUCGUGUCAGUCAGGCUAGUCGCAAAUUGUGGUCAUUCGUUCAGCGAUGAUGAACUCAGUAACACGGACGCUACAAGAUCUCCAAACCUGCAUCUGGAAAAAUGGAUAGCGUUUGAUGUUCUCAGCGCCUCGCUAUUCUUGUCGUGCGCAGCAGUCGCUAUUCCUGUCCUUCGGUGGAACCUCGACAUGUCUUGCCGAGCGAUCAGGAGGCAGCGUGGAGAGCUGUGGAUCCUGCCUGCAAACCACCCGAUGUUCUUUCCUCACCAGAACGUGAGCCGUCCGAUGAAGCAGAGCCCCUUGUAG